GAAGCAGCGCUACACUGGAGCACUAAUGAGCGGGCUGAGAGCAAACCCAACACAGAUCUCCCAUCAGCUCAGGAGCAGCAGCAACUCUGACGGCAUCUGAGGCAACGAGACACAGGACUGAUCUGCAGUCAGUGGGGAGGCAAUAGGGAAAGGCGUAGGAGAGGUCGUGAGGUGGCUUCAAAGGCAAAUUAGCAGUUGAGAUAGUGAGAGGAGAGAACUGCUCCAGCGCAACAGCCGACCUUCUCCACACUGACCCACAGUGCACUUUUCUCUUUCUGAAGACGAAGGACCUUUCCCCUUCCGGAGGAGUUCAGCCAUGGAGGAGAUGCUCACCUGCAGCCGCAGCCCUUUCUCCCAGGUGUUUGGGCGUCAGGGUCAGCUCAUGCAAGCCACUGUGCAGUCCCUGAACAGCCUGAAUGACCAGAUUGCGAACUUCAUGGUGACUGGGCCCAAGACCCUGGAGCCGGAACAGCCUGUCUUUCCUCCUCCCGAGAAGGAGACACUGCAGAAGUCCAUGACCCUGAUGAGGCAUCUCCUCGUGGAUGCACAGGCAAAAAUCCUGAAAAUGAUGGAUGACAACAAGCAGUUGGCCCAGCGCAUCGAUGGGGCCAUUCAGUCCGCCAGCCAGGAGGUGACCAACCUGCGCUCAGAGCUGAGCGCAACCAGCCGCCGACUGGCCGAGCUGGGGGCAACCGACUCUGCCAGAAUGCUUGAGACCCUGCAGCACAACCACAACGAUCCCUCUGCUCACCAGAGGCAGAAGCCGCCUGCCACUGAACUCUGCUACAAGACUGAAAUCAGCAGUCUAAUGGACUUCAACUCCCCGGACGCUUCUCUGGACAAAGUCCUGCUGCGUGAGGAGGUGGCCCAGCUCCAGGAGGAGGUGCACCUGCUGCGGCAGAUGAAGGACAUGUUAAGUAAGGACCUGGAGGAGACCCAGGGAGGCUGCUCAGCUGACGUGCUCUCCGCGACUGAGCUCCGUGUGCAGCUGGCCCAGAAAGAGCAGGAGCUGGACCGAGCCAAGGAGGCUCUGCAAGCCAUGAAGUCGGACCGUAAGCGUCUGAAGGCGGAGAAAGCAGACCUGGUGAACCAGAUGCAGCAGCUUUAUGCCACACUGGAGAGCCGGGAGGAGCAGCUCCGUGACUUCAUACGCAACUAUGAGCAGCACAGAAAAGAGAGCGAGGAUGCGGUGAAGGCACUGGCUAAAGAGAAGGACCUGCUGGAGAGAGAAAAGUGGGACCUGCGGCGGCAGACCAAGGAGGCCACGGAGCACACGGGGAUGCUGCGCUCCCAGCUCGACCUCAAGGAGAACCGCAUUAAGGAACUGGAGGCUGAAUUGGCCAUGGCCAAACAGUCUUUAGCCACCCUAACCAAGGACGUGCCAAAGCGUCACUCUCUGGCCAUGCCCACGGAGACAGUUGUCAAUGGCAACAACCAGGAGUGGGUGAUGCAGGCCGACCUCCCGCUGACAGCAGCCAUCAGACAGAGUCAGCAGACCCUCUAUGUCCACACGGGGCAUCCCACUGACAGACAAGUGGCUGCCGUGCGGGUGAGCCCAUGCCACUCGCGUCAGCCCUCCAUCAUCUCCGACGCCUCGGCGGUGGAGGGAGACCGGUCAUCCACACCCAGCGACAUCAACUCACCACGCCAUCGGACUCACUCCCUCUGCAAUUCCCUAGAAGAUCUGGAGGAGGCGAAGCGUAAGAAGAAGAAAGAGAAGAUGGGGCUUGGCUCUCUGUCGCGUGUCUUUGCCCGGGGAAAGCAGCGCAAGUCCCUCGACCCUGGUUUGUUUGAUGGUACUUCAACGCCUGAUUAUUAUAUAGAGGAAGAUGCAGACUGGUAAAGCACACAUGUCCGAGCGAACCACCUGGAGAGCCUUUGUGGCAAUUAUCAGAAGACAGCUUUGUGUUGUGUGUGUGUGCAAGAGAAUGGGUGUGUGUUUGAUGUCAGUGUGUACAGAUACAGCAGUGUGUGUGCCUGCGCAGUCUCACACGCAUGCAUACUCGUGUGUGUGAAAGUGUGUGCAUGUGUGUGUCAUCCAUGGUCAGAGGCCAUGUCAGGAGCUGGAGGCGCGUCUUGCUUCGCUGAAGUGUAAACCUUAACGAGCAAAUUGCACCUGUAUGUAUGUACAGUCCUGUAAAUAGAGUGGACAGUGUGACACAGCGACCAUGUGGAUAUGUUCUGUUGUAUCUGCCCUCCAAAAAACGGCUGUGUUAUUGGAUCUUUUAAUUGUUCUUUACAUUUUGACUUUUUGUUUUCACUCAACUGGAAACUUGAAGGACUGCUGUACUUGUAAAUAACAACAGUUGAUGUGCACUUUGUGCGUGUAAAUGUCUCCUUGUCCUGAAUGCCUUUUGUUAUGUUCUGACAUGUACUCCCCUCCUCUCACUACCUUUUAACUUGAACUCCUCCCUGUUUAUUGUCCUGCCUGGUCCAUCCCCCCCCCCCCCCUCCUUCCACACUGCCAUGACGAGAACAGUUUCCUGUCGGCAACAUGCAGACUCCUCAAAUCCACCUCUAAUUCGGUUGUACAACACAUCCCUCUACCGCCAAGAAAACUGUGCACUCCUUGAUGUUCGCUCAAAUGAGACUUCAAAGACGCUGCUAAGCGAGGAAUAAACUUUCUAUGCAGAACAGUUUGUUCCACGGCAACAUGAAGCCAAACAGGAAAUGUAAGAAAUGUGUUUUCUAUCUGCUCAGAUAGAAGGUACAUGCCGAAGGUACAUGUGUGACAUGCAUGCACAUAGUCCCAGUCCCUGAAUGCAUGUUGAACAAAACCCUACUAAACAGAAAUGUCUUUCUCUGGGUAUGUUGUCGAGGAGAUGUUUUUUUAAAAAAAAGAGAGGUCAGUUGCUGAUUUCAUGAUGUUUAUUCAUGAUUUCCUCCAUUUUUAAAUGAAGUUAUUAGAUUUAUCAUUCAGAAAAAAAAGUUUAACAUCCCAAACUAAACAUAGAACGCUUUAAUCUGCACCUACAAGGCUCUUUAUGCAAAAUUACAUUUGAAGUAUUAAAGGUCAGCAAAGUCAACAGCCACAAAGAAAACCCAGCGCUACACUUUCAAUGAUUAAAUCAUCACUUCACAUAUUCAUGAGUCUUUGUGCCAUUUUCUCUCUGUAGGAUCUUACAGUAGCUUGUAGCUAUCGUUUUAUUAAUGCUUAAAAAAGCUGCUGGGAGUAGAAUCACUCUGGGAAAAGGAAUAGAAAUCUGUCAUCAUAGCGUAAGUGAGAGCAUAAACAUCAAUUAUACUAUCACUGUAGAUAUUAGCCUGAUGGUCAAGGCUUUUCUGAACCUCAGGAAGUAGGUCAUUUUACCAGAAAAUCCGGACUUCAGUUUAGAGGCCUGAGCGCAGAGCUGACACUAAUUGAACUGUUAUAACAAUAACGAGUGCCAACCCAGGAGGUUAAAAAUCAGGCUAAACAAACCGAAGCAAAUGCAUACCUUCUCCCUCGACCCCCAAAUUCAGAUGCAGAGUUCAGGCCAUUGCUGAAAAAAGCAAUUAACUUUGUGCCAAAGGUUAAUAGCGUUUCUUCAAGCAAAAGAAUGUCCACAGACGUUGGAUUAUUUUCAUCCUUUCAUUGGAUUGAGCCGGAGUCUGCACUGCCACCCCCAGGAAAUCUUUUCUCUCCCUGAUAUUAAACUAACACUGGGUAUUUGUCAGUCUCAUCUGAAACACUAUACAGUCACAGAUUACAUUGGAGCUGUAUUUAACCACAGUGCUUGUCAAAAGAGCGUCCGUGUAAGCGGCGAGGGGGAUUAUCGGUUAACCCUCAGCUCAGCCUACAUUUGGGCUCGCAGAUAUUGGAUUUAGAGGUAAAUCACUAAGCUAAUUCAUAGAUAAGUCAUCAUGUAUUAAAAUGUAUGUAUAGGAACAACAGCUCAAUCAGUUUAUUUCAUUAAGCCUUUAAUGAAAUGUAUUAAAAAAAUACUAGGCUAUUUUUAUUUUUUCAUUUAACCAACCUCUGCUGAUGGGGAAAAAAACAUAUCAAAUGAAAAGCAUUGUAUGAUCUUUAUGUUUUGAGCCACGGUCUCUUUGGUUUUUUUUUUGUUUGUUUGUUUUGUUUUUCCACAAAUAUUUUACUUUUUGUAAAUGAGAUAACAUUACAGAAAUAAAAUUAAUAUUAUUAUUAAAGAGUUUUUAUUUAAAGUCAAAGAUGUAGGCCUCAGUGGAGGACUUCCUGCUGUGAGGUCCUGAGAUGUUUAGAAGUGGAUAGUAGUGAACUUUUAAAGGCAUGGCAACAAAAAUUACGCUCAAAAGAACUAAAUGAGAAAAAUAAGAUUAUUUUAAAAUAAAAUAAAUAACCUUGAAUUUC